UCUUUUUUCUCAAUCAAAUUCAAGUUCUCAUGCUCUUGAAAUUUAUGUGUAACAGCGUUUGUUUGAGCGAAAGUCACCCACUUUCUGAUCUUACAGUCACAUUUCUCUCUCUCUCGCUCUCUUUCUCUUCUCUUAUCUCAUUUCUGUCAGUGAUAUUUCGUUCUUUCUUUGAAAUGCUAUGGAAUUUGGAUCUGAACUGAUUGUUCUUAGCCUUUUGUUUCUCUGUAAUAGUGUGCCUUUUAUUUUGGGGUACUAGAAUACUUUUAUCGUUGUUGGCAAACCUGGCUAAGAACUAAGAAGUGAACUUUGGUAUCUACAUAGACUACAUUGUUUAGAAAAGUCUGAAACUUUGUUGAUAUUUUAUUGAUUUUUUGAUACUAUUGGAUGAUUUGGGUUUUCUUUGAAGAUGGGAAUGAUGGUUCUGUUUAAUUUAUUUGAUUUAGAUUUGUUGAAGCUUGAAAGAUGUUAUGUGUGUGCUAUUUUGGUACUCAACAGAUUGGUUAUGGUGACUUGGAUGUCACAAAAGUGUACUAGUUCAUUGGGUACAACCUUUUAGCACAAGGAUCUUAUCCGAGACUCUUUGAAAAGAUUAGCAAAGCAUGUUUUAUGAGGUCGAUGAGAGUUUGAUAUAGAAUUCUAACCUGAGGGCCGCCUUGUUCAUUGCAUUAUUCUUUUUGAUUAAUAUGGGUUACAUAGUCAUAACUCAUAAGUACAUUAUAGAACCACAUAGUUUUUAAAAUUUCUGCUUUUGCUUGGUAUUGAUUUCCCUAAUUAGCUAAGUUGAAAAUGAAGGGUUUCAUAGAUGAUUGGGCAAGAUGACAAUCUUAUUCUUUGGUAAACUAGACUUAUCUGUGCUUAUAAAAGGGUACAAGCGAAUUAGUGUUGCUGGCUUACAUGUGUUGGUUUUAUCCCUGUCUUGGAACUGUUAUAUAUGAAUAUGUCUUCAGUAAGUGAAAUUACUUAUUGUGCUAAAUAUAAAAAUUUGUCAUGACCAACAAUGUAAUUAUAUUUUUAUUCCUUUAUAACAAGAAAAAUGAUUUUAUUUCAAAAUGGUUGAUUAUUUACAAGUCUGGGGACUAUUAUUGGAAAAAUAUAUAGAUUCAAUACAUCUUCUAAAUAGUAGGUAGUGAAGUAACUAACAAGCAAAGGUCAGUGGUGAUAAAAAUAAAGGAACUCUAAUUAGUGUCAGAAACGGGUGCUGAAAUAAGAAGUUGGUGAAAGAAAGCGAUUAACCACAUUGAUGCAUCCUGUAAGGACCAAUGUUGAGGAACUGAAAGCAGCCCCACCCCAGGGGUCACUGCCCUUAUGUAGGAGAUUGGACUAGAAGGGAUUCUUGAAACUACUGAAGGAAUUUCUUGAUCCAUAGCACUGGUCUUCCUUCAUACCAUUUGCAAUAAGUGCUACACUGAAAGCUCAUUAAAAGACAAUUUUUUUGAUCGUUAUAUUUUUAGAAUUUGCUUCAAAGCUGCUGCUACAAUGUCAAUGUUGUCAAAAUUGCGUUGUAUCACUUUGGAUGUUACCGGUACCUUGAUAGCUUACAAGGGGCAACUUGGUGACUACUAUUGCAUGGCCGCCAAAUCUGUUGGGCUGCCAUGCCCUGACUACAAACGUAUGCAUGAGGGCUUCAAACUGGCAUAUAAAGACAUGGCCAGCACAUAUCCUUGUUUUGGGCAUGCAGCAAAAAUGCCCAACAUUGUUUGGUGGAAGACUUGUGUAAGAGACUCCUUUGUCAGGGCUGGAUAUGAAUAUGAUGAGGAGACAUUUGAGAAAAUUUUCAAACGCAUUUACGCAUCAUUUGGUUCAUCUGCUCCUUAUUCGAUCUUUCCAGACUCCCAACCAUUUCUCAGGUGGGUGCGUGAGCAAGGGCUUAAAGUUGGGAUUGUUAGUAAUGCGGAGUACCGGUAUCAGGACGUAAUUCUUCCAGCCUUGGGUUUGAACAAGGGAUCUGAAUGGGACUUUGGUGUCUUCUCUGGUAUUGAAGGUAUAGAGAAACCUGACCCAAGGAUUUAUGAGGUUGCCCUGGAGAGGGCUGGAAAUAUUGCACCAGAAGAAACCUUGCACAUUGGGGACAGCAUGCGCAAAGACUAUUUGCCAGCAAAGAGUGUGGGGAUGCAUGCAUUACUAUUAGACAGAUUCAAGACACCAGAUGCUAAGGAGUGGAGGCAAUCUGGUGCCAUUGUGCUUCCAGACUUGAUGGCAGUAAAAGAUUUGCUUACUUCAGAAAAUUCAACUUGCUGAGAGUCAUCUGCCUCUCCCAUUCAUGAUGUGCACGUACAAGUUCUUCCCCAUCAUGUAGUUUUGAGUUUAGUGACAAAUAUUUUUCAGCUGGUGUGCCCUCCAAAUUUUGUUUCUAUGGCAUGUUUUCACACACUACUAUCAAUUUUUCCCCCGCGGGGGGGUUGGGGUGGGGUUGAUGGGGGAGAAGCUAACACCAGCUGCAAAGUUAUAUAUUGAGCUCAAUCAUAAAAGACGAAAGAUUUUAUGUUUUCUACA